GCAUGAUCUUUCCCGAGUGGCGGCUAAACACAAACAUUGAAAGAUGAUAAGUCCGAAACCCAAUGCCAGACUUCUCACAUCUUGAACAAUCAAAGGAGUAAAUAUAUGCUAAAAGCCACUUCGCGCCUAGCAAACAUCAUGGCAACCGAGCAGCAGAAACGCAACAUCGUCAUCAUCGGUGGCGGUAUCAUCGGCUCAACAACGGCGUAUUUCCUCUCUCGCCAUGAAAACUUCAACAGGGAAAGAGACAGCAUCACGCUCCUGGAAGCCACGCAAAUCGCAGGCGGCGCAUCGGGGAAAGCAGGCGGCCUUCUAGCUCUCUGGGCAUAUCCAAGCUGCAUCGUCCCGCUGAGUUACCGUCUACACCAAGAGCUCGCCGCGAAGCACGGCGGCGCAGAGAGAUGGGGGUAUCGCGGCGUGGGGUGCGGGCAGGUUGACAUGUACGGCGUGUUGGCGAAGACGGGGUCGAAAGCCAAGCAGGGGAAGGUGGAGGGAGAGGCAGAUCACGUGUCGCUGCAGAAGCGGACGGAGAAAGCGAAGAGUCUACUACGAGCAGCGGGUGUACCGCGAGAUCUGGACUGGGUUGCAGCCGAGGGGAUGCAGAGCUACGAGGAGAUGGGGACGCCCCUGACGACAGCCCAAGUGCACCCAUACCUCUUCACGACGUCGAUGGCACAGCUAGCCGAGGAGCAAGGCGUGAAGAUCGUGUACGGCUCCGCGACAGAGAUCCUGCGCGAAAACAACACUGUCAAGGGCGUAACGUACACGGCCAAGGACUCAAACGACUCCAACACUCUACACGCAGACACCGUCAUCCUGACAGCCGGGCCGUGGACAAAAGCCGUCUACCCAGCUGCUCCCAUCGAAGCCCUCCGCGCACACAGCGUGACCAUCACGCCCUCGCGCCCCGUCUCCGCUUACUGCCUCUUCACCUCCAUCACGCUCCCCACGCCGAACUCGAAGCGCACACAAACCGUCACGCCGGAGAUCUACGCGCGCCCCAACAACGAAAUAUACGCCUGCGGCGACGGCGAUCAGCUCGUUACGCUGCCGUCAUCUACCGCCGCUGUGCAGGUCGACAAUGCGCGCUGCCAGGACAUUAUCGACCAGGUGUCUGCGGUGUCGGAGGAGCUGCGUGACGGGGUGGUGACGGCGCGCCAGGCGUGUUAUCUGCCGAAUGUUCGGGGUGGAAAGGGGCCGUUGAUUGGGUUGACGAGUGUUAAGGGGUUGCUGAUGGGGGCGGGGCAUACGUGCUGGGGAAUCCAGAAUGCGCCUGCGACGGGGAAGUGUCUUGAGGAGCUGGUUUGGGAGGGCAAGGUCAAGAGUGCUGAGGUGGCGAGUUUGGAUCCUCGGAGGUUUGGAGUCUGAUGGGGUUUGGGAGAUGAGAUGUUUGGAUACAUGUUGGGCUGUUGUUAUUGUUGCUGAGUCUGGAUUCUACGAAAUCAUGAUAACUGACCAUGGAGACUACCCCUGGAAUUGCGUUCUUCAUGGCUUCUGCAGGCAGGAAAACUAUAUUGAUAAGAUUUAAAAACGUAUAUGCUAAGCAUAUGCGGCUAGGAAUUUAUGUACGUAACUCCUACUAGUAUGAGAAGUGGGUGUCAAGCUGUUGUAUGAUUUUGCUGCACC